CAAAAAAUUAAAAGGCCUUAAGUAUCAGCGAGCAUAUCUAAGGAAAACAAACAUAUAUCCGAAUAUCUGGCAGAUCAGAGCGAGAGCGGGGAAUGCAGCGGUGUCCCUACAUUCAUGAGAUGCGGGAACGAUUGCUGGACCAACCGAGGGAGACACUUCAGCUGGAGAACAUGGAGCGGGCCAAUCUGCUCGAGAACCGCCAGUCGGCAUCCGAAUCCAACCAGGUCGGCACUGUGGUGAAGCUACAAGGCGAUACCUACCACACGAGUCCUGCCCACCAGAGGACUCCCCUAGUCCCACACGAUCUUGGCGAGGACUUCAAUUUGGAUUUCGACGAGGACUAUCCCAUCGAUGUGCGACGACCGAAAAAUGCCAACGGCAAACAUCCACCGGUCCUGAUGCGUCCGCAGCCAAGGACAUCGCUAUUUAUUGUGACCAGCCUGGUGUAUGCGAUCCUCCUGAUCGUCGUCUGCAUCGCUUACGUAAUCAGUGACGUGACUACACACCGCCUGCCGGUGCUCUACUACGAGACAUUCUUCACCUAUCUGUACGGCGUCAGCAUACUCUUCCUCCUCUAUGUCUUCUGUUUCCUGCUGCAGGAAAGCUCUUGCUGCAACGGCGGCAACGGUGGCAGCAAACCGAAACCCCAGCCCAAGGAGAAAAAGUCGAAGAAAGCCAAGAAUGCCGAUCCGGCCGAUUCGAAGGACGCGAAGGGCUCUAAGGACUCUGGCAAGGCCGCCAAGGGCGCCGCCUAUCAGGAAGCACCCGUGGAUGCCGAGGUGGCCGUCACCCCGAAGAAUGUGCGAAAGAGGAAGACCACCCACAGCGAUCCCACCCAUGGCAGUUUCUUCCUGCGAGUAGGAGCCAUAGCUUUCGGUCUUGGUGCCAUGAUCUACAUUGGACUGGAGUUUGGCUCGUUCUUCGAGAUCCCCUUCGAUUCGCCGUGCCACCACAUUCUGAUCGGAGUCAAUCCCCUCCUGCAGAUGAUCUUCACCUUCAUGCAGAUGUACUUUAUAUUCAUGAACGCCCGGACUAGGCCGCCAUUUCAGCUGAACAUCCACCGAUUCAAGGUGAUUGCCCGCUUCGGUCUGAUGCACGUGGUGGCCACCAAUAUUUGCGUGUGGAUCCGCACCCUGGUCAAGGAAUCCCUGCUGGAGAUCACCAUUUACCACCAGAAGAACGACCCCGAGCCGGGAGCCUCCUCCAUUGCUCAUUCGAUCAGGCAACAUGCCCUGCGCCAUGCCGGCACAGUGCUCCGGACCCAUGCCGGACCCAACAGCGAGUUCGAAGUGCUGGACGGUGAGGACAUCCUGCCCAAGGAUGUCUACAAGACGGACAACGUGCUGUCCAAGCUGGUGCGCAACACAGUCGAUGGUAUCUCAAAGAGCCUGGGCAUGGGCGGCGACUCCGUGACGAGCACCACCACCAGUACCACCACCACCACCCGGGCACCGUACACCACGCCCGGCUACCAAUGGCACAGCACUACUAUGGCCCGCAAGCUGAAGAAGUUUAUCACCAGCGCCACCACCGCGGCCACCAAUAGCAUCUCCGGCGGCGGCAGCAGCACCUCCACCAGCUCAUCCACCAGUACAUCCACCACCACCACCACCACAACGAUUCCGCCUCCAUCUAGCACCAGCACCUACAUCCCAUCAUCAUCGACCUUCACCACCGCAUUCCCGUCAUCGCCGUCGCAGUCGGCCGGAAAUUUGGAGACCAGCAGCAGCUUCAGCGGCCUACAGCGAAUCCUCUCCAGCGCCGCCGCGCCAGUCGACGGGUUCGGUCCGGCAUCUACCGCCAGUUCGGGUACGGGUGCGGGUACGGGACUGGACGCCUUCCUUGCCAGCAGCCUCAGCCCGGAGAGCAGCACUCAGGGCCCGGGCGCCAGCAUCAUGAACAACCUCUUCGGCCAGGGACCCAUGGAGAACAGCUUCCAGACGUACACGGACUUUGGCCAUGAGGAGUCCACCGGCCUGGUCAGUUUCGAGAAUCUGGAGAGCCUCGACAAUAUCUAUCCGGCUGCCCUGUCCUCCAACAUUGGUACACUCAACUCCACCGCCUGUGGACGCAUCGAUAUUAUGGGAACGAUUGUCUACGAUUCGGCCCCGUAUCUGUAUCCGUUCAUCAUCGAGUACUCUUUGAUCGGGGCGGUGGUGUUGUAUGUGAUGUGGAAGCACAUCGGCCGCUAUCCGGGCCGGAUGAACGACGAGGAUCUGGAGCACCGGCUGGAGGUGAUGCUCUCCCGGCGGGCGGUGGCUAUGGCUCAGCAGGCGCGUUCCGGACGCGUCGACUGCGUUGGCUCGUCGAAGGGACUCUUCUUUGGGCUGCUGCUGCUGGUCGGGGCCCUCAUCUGCCUGAUACUCUUCUUCGUCUUGGUGCGCCAUCAGCAGUUCUCGCUGUUGGCCAUCUACCUGGCCGAUGCCAGUCACUGCAUCCUGAUGGCCUUCGCCAUACUGGCCAUAAUAGUGGGCUUUAUCAGAGUCAAGAACCUCAAGUUCCGCUGCGAGGAGCAGUCGAACCUCAACGACAUCUUGCUGCGCAUCUCGGCCUUUGGAUUGUUCACCUACUCCGUGUUCAGCAUCAUUGCCGGCAGCCUGAAGGUACUGGAGAGCGAGCCCAGUCUAUUGGUGACGACCACCGGCGGAGUUGCCGUCUUCCAGGUGAUCCUCCAGCUGUUAUUCAUUGCGGACGUGUCCCGGCGACGUGUCCACCUGCCGGAGCACGACCGGAGCAAGCCCGGCCGCCAGAUCGUCACCUUCCUACUCAUCUGCAACGUGGCCAUGUUCGCCAUCUACACAUUCGAAGCUCAAAAAGUAUUCGCCAAUCCUGUAAGUAGAUAUGUUCAGCUGGAGUUCUACGGAUUCGUGCCCUGGUCGAUCAUCCAGCGCAUCACACUGCCCCUGUGCAUCUUCCAUCGCUUCCACAGCGCCGUGACACUCGCCGAGAUCUGGAAGACCACCUACAAGGCACGCCUGGAGUAAGCUGGAUCGUAUAUAUAUAUACAGAAACAUAUAUCCCGGCACACAUACGUAUGUCCUGGCCAUAGCAGGACGUGGCAGUUAUGGGAGUUAUGAAAAUGCACCAAAAAAAUAAAAGAAAACCCAAAAUGUAGCGAACCCAAAACGCAAAAACCAAAACCGAAACCGAAACCGAAAUCAAGUGAAAAGUUAGUUUCUAAUUACGUAUUAAACAUAUGCAUACUACAUAUAAUAUAUACAUUAAUGCAUAUUUGAAUAUAUUGAUUCGAUUUUUUUUCCGUCGUCGUUUUCGUUUUUAGUUACGCAUAUGCAUAGGUUAUAUAAGUUCAAAAAAACAAUAAAGAAUAAACAAAUCAUAAAAA